AUGAAUCAGGCAGAGGAUGACGCCGAGUUCAUGCCAUCCCAACGACGGAGGGGCAGGAACGAGCUUCAAGACUCCGGCUUUAUGUCAGACAAGUCCUCUUAUCGAGGCCCAUCCACUGCUGCCUCGCAUCCAGCCGAGAUGUCUUCAGGACUGAACCUGUCCUUCGGUUUCACGCCAAUGCAAUUUGAGAAAAUUGACCUGAGAGGCAACCACAAGCCGGGACCAGGUCGAGAAGGCAUGGGAUUGAGUGAGCACGCGAUUGAAUCUCUUGUUCUUUCGGUCGAUAACAUUACGCAUCUUGACUUGCGGGGCAACCGACUAAACGCCGCGUUUGGCUGGAAACUCAUCAAGGCAAUGAAGAAGAAGUACCUGAAUCUCGAAUUCUGCAACGGCAUUCCGCUGCGGGCACUGCGCAUGAAUUCCAUACAGGUCUUGGAUCUGUCACCACGGGCAAGCCAUGUUGGAAUGCCAUGGGCAGAAGACUCGAAGGAGGCUGCUGUGGAAUUUGCCAACAGAGGAAUGUAUGGCAUCGAAGUGGUUGGUGCCAUAUUCUUGGCGCAUUUCUUGCGCCUCAAUACUUCACUGAUAAGCUUCAACUUCAGGUUAAACCAUGUGGAAAAGGACGGCGCCAAGGCUCUCGCGCAGAGCCUGCUCGGCAACGCGCAGACCCUGCUACAGACGGUGAAUACAAUGGGGCCGACCAAGAUGAAGCCGGGGAUCAACUUCUCCCACUUCAAAACCGGCCAACUGACUAUGGUGGAUCUGUCGAAACGAGGCAUGGACGAUGAUGACUUCGUGUUCCUGGAGGAGUGGCUGCGCCGCUACGACUGC